AUGACUCUCUCUGAAGCAACUCAACAACACGCACUCAUUGAAGCCCUCUCAAUGCAUAGCAACUCAUCAACCUGUUCUCACCAGUUAUGGUUUCAACACUUUCCUUCCGAGAUUAUUCUUCAUAUCAUUUCGUUUUUACAUCCGGUUGAAUUAUUGACGACCAUGAGUCAUGUAUGUCGUCACUGGAGAGGUGAUAUUGUGCGUCGAGUCUUCUUUUUUGAACAAAGAAAAGAGAAUGAUGGAAAGAGUACUUGUUGUGGUAACGACAAUGCAUGGAAAUUCUCAAACGAAUAUCCACAAUGGAAACGAUAUCAAGAGUUGAAUCAUUCAUUCUUUCGACAAUUGUUCUCUCAUCCAACGAAUAACCAGUUAAUUACGAAAUGGAAUGAUUUAUUUCACAACUCCAAUCAUUUUGGAAGUUUGUUACAAAAAUUCUAUGUUAGAGAUUAUUUCCUGGUGAUGUCUCAAAGAUGUGUAACUAUCAUUUUCAAGAAGAAUAUGAACGCUAAGAGUUCCUGUUUGGAUCAACCAGCACCGAAUAUAAUACAAGAACUGCCUGUUGAGUCAUGGUUAGACGAAGAAUUGAAUCACUAUUGGCAAAUUCUGAUUCCUUACUUGUGUCUAAACCAAGAAAUGAAACAAAAGAGUGAGAAGAAUAAUGAAAAUGAAAAUACAGAGGAAGGAUUCUUUUGGAGACGACUGAGUGCACUAAAAUCAUUUCUAAAACGAAAAUUAUCCAAUCGAGAUGAAACUCAAGAAGCUCAUGAAACUUCCAUCCAUCCUUUGUGUGAAUUCUCUAAACAGCAAACUCGUACUCCCAUCCAUGUAAGAAUGGUCGUGUAUGGAAGCCAUCAAGUCGGAAAAACUUCACUUGCCAAUGCCAUGAUGAAGGACUCUCGAGUCGAACCAUCAAAAACAGGUGCUCUUGGAAUUUGUUUUGGUCGUAAAGUUUGCAAAAUUGGAGAGGAUCGUAUUACCAUGGAUAUGACACUUUUGGUUGCCAAUCGAAAAACUUCUACUGCUCACGUUUCAAUAGAACCAUGGCUCGAUAAGGGUGCAACUUGUGUAUUGAUGCUUUUUGACAUUACCAAUCGAGAUUCAUACAUGUAUGCGACAGAACAAUUACGAAUGUUACAAAAAACAAAAACCACUGAAAGAAUGGUAGAAUGUCUACUCAUUGGUACCAAGUCAGAUCAGAGUUCAAAACGACAGAUAUCGAGUGAAGAAGCUCAACAAUUUGCUUUUCAUGAAAUGGGUGGGUCGUUGUAUUUGGAAAUUACUAACAUGAGUUUGAAGGAUUCACAAGUUAUCAUGUGGUAUUGUGCAUUGUUGCAUGUUAAUAAAUGA